AUGACAUCAUCCAUCGACGUUGUCCAAUACCCAGGAAAUGGCAUCCACGCUGAAGAGGUCGAUGUGGAAAACAAAUCCACUUCAUCGGGUCCUUUGGAGCAUCCACGAGAUAAAAGUUACGCUUCUUCUGCAUCCGGUAGCGUAACGAUCGUCGAAAGUUUACCGGAACACCGUCAAAUGAUUGAAGAAGAGAAAGAUAAAUCAAAACGUAAAAAAUCAAAAUCUCGUGGUCUCCGUCAUAUACUAAAAAGAGAAGAAAAAGAUACAGUAGCAGAAAAGUUAGAGUCAAAACAAAGAUCAAAUGAUGAGAAAAAAAGUGAAAGUUUGGCUCGUACAUUAUCAGGAAUGUUUAGUCAUAAAUCUAAAUCUGAAAAGGAAAAACGUAAGGACAUUGUGGAUAAUAAGAAUCGUAUUGUCCCUAGGCAAACCAAUGAUGGUAGUGAAAUUAAGUCAAAAAAUCGUCGUAGUUUUAUUUUUUCAGAUAAUGAAGAUGAAGCUACGGAACAUGCGAAAAGAGAUAAAAGAACAAAUAUUAACGAUUCUCCACUUUCAGAUAAUGAGAAUGGUUUAAAUAAGUCAAAGAAUGGUAGAAAAAAUCGUAUUAGUUUGAACAUUGAUAAAUUAUUAGGACUUGAUGAUGACCAUAAGCACAAGAAUUUUAAUAAUAAUAAUAUAACGGAUUUGUUCCUUCCAGAAACUAACGGUUCCCCUAUUAAAACUUAUAAAGGGCGUAUUGACUCCUCCGGCUCUGCCGGUGGACGAGAUUCUCCUGUUUCAAUUUUAAAACGAACAUUAAAUGUACCUAAUCAAACUGAUUCUCAAAUUUCGCAUACAACUACUUUUGCCCCUUCAGUUCCUGUAACUAAUGAACAUUCUCAGGAAACUAAGAUUGAAUCUGUUGAACCUGUUGAACAGAAAGGUGAAAUUAAGGUUGAACCUGUUGAACAGAAAGACGAAACUAAUAUUGAGCAGAAAGACGAAACUAAUAUUGAGCAAAAAGACGAAAUUAAUAUUGAACAGAAAGAUAUAAUUAUUGUUGAACCGUUAGAACAGAAGAAAGAUGAAAUUAAGAAUGAACCUGGUGAACAAAAAGAUGAGACCAAUAUUGAACAAAAAGAUGAGACCAAUAUUGAACAGAAAGAUGAAGUAAAUAUCGACCUUUUUGAACAAAAGAAAGAAAUUAAUAUUGAGCCUAUUGAGCAAAAUGAAGAGUUUAAUAUUGAACCUGUCGAACAAAAUGAAGAGUUUAAGAUUGAACCUGUUGAACAAAAUGAUGAAUACAAAGAUGAUGACCUUGAUUAUCCUUCCACUCCUGCUACAUCUGUUAACGAGGACCUACCCGUUAAUGAACAAGAGUUGAAACUUGUCUCUCAAGUUUCUUCUGACAGUCUUAGUAAUGAAGUUAUAAGAGAAGGUUCCUACUAUCAGGUCAAUAAAGCUGAAAUUAGUAACAAUAUAAAAGAUCCAAUUGAUGUUGAAAUUACCAACGAAGAUGGCUUAAAUGAUUCUGACCAAGGUGUAACUUCUAUAGCGACUACCACACAGUUAAAUUUUCAUGAACACGAACAUUUGUCAUCAACAUCACCGUCUGAAUCAUCUGUGGUGUCUAAAUUCUUAAUUUCAAACAUCAAUACUGAUAAUGACGAUAUUAAACGUGAACAGGUUUAUCAUAUUGAGAAUAAAAUUUUAAAAACACCUCAAAUCGUAUCUCCAAUUCCACAAAUAAUUGAAAAACAAGUUAACAUUACUCAAGAAAAUCACCAUAUUCAAAAGCUCGAAGAACUUCAAGCCGCCAAUGAAUCUUUAAACAAUGCUAAAAUUCAACUAGAGUCUAAACUCCAAGAACAAUCACAACAGAUAGCUAAGUUAACUUCAUUAGAAUCUAUUAAUGAAUCCUUAACCAGCAUAAAAAACCAAUUAGAGUCCAAAAUUCAAGAGCAAUCACAACAGAUCUCUAAAUUAACUUCAUUAGAAUCAGCUAAUGAAACUCUGAUCAAUGCAAAAGACCAACUAGAAUCCAAAGUUCAGGAGCAAUCACAACAGAUUGCUAAACUUACUUCACUAGAAUCGGUAAUGGUUCGUCAAUUUGAAGUUGCUGAACGAAUGGAGGAAACUAUGAGACGAUUGGAAGCAAAAGUAAAUUAUCAAAAAGAAGAGUUUGACGGAUUAUUAGCCGGUCGUAUGGAAGAUACUAUUCGACAAUUAGAGUAUAAACUUAAUGAACAAAAUAAAGAGGUAGAAGGACUAAAAUCGAUCGUAGGACAGUUUCAAAAAACUCACCCACAAAUCUUGAUAGCGGCAGAGCCGACAUUCGAAGCUCAGUUAGCUCAAUUAUCACGAUGA